AUGACGGCUGGUCACUGGGUAUCAGACGAUGCCUACUGGAACAUCUGUCACGAAGCCAUGGAAAAACAAGUUAGCCCAGCUUCUUGGGCCUUUGUUGGGAAUGAGUUGGAAAUGGGAGGGAUCCCUUCCUUGCACCCACCUAUGUCUGUACAUGUCCGACCUCUUCAUGGCAAAAUACAAAGUGCGCUUGUGAAUUUAGAACGUAAAUUCGGGAAAGGGCUAGUCUUUACACUGGAUUCAGCCAGCAAUGAAGUUAAGAUGUCCAUCAUUUUGGUGAACAUUCAUAAGGCGUUUAAAUGCCCUGGUGAGCCCAGGGACACGCUGGUGACUGGUAAGAAUUCCAGAGGCACUUCUUAUCUGCUGAAGGAUAGUGUCCCGCUUACGGAAUUUUCAGCUUCAGGACCAUUUGAAGGUCAUGAUCUUCUGCGUAGAGGCUUUACAAGUGUGAAAAAUGAAUUGUUGCCCAGCCACCCACUGGAGUUGUCAGAAAAAAAUUUCCAGUUAAAUCAAGAUAAAACAAACUUUGCUACGCUGAGAAAUAUUCAAGGACUCCACGCACCUUUAAAGCUGCAGAUGGAAUUCAGAGCAGUGAAACAGGUCCAGCGUCUGCCAUUUCUUCACAGCUCAAACAUAGCACUGGAUACUCUGAGGGGAAAUGAUGAAUGCAUCAGUUUUGAGGAUAUCCUUAAUGAUCCUUCACAGAGUGAGGUUAUGGGAGAACCACACAUGAUGAUGGAAUACAAGCUUGGUUUAUUGUAACGAAAUGUACUCCACAAACAUGUUUUGUGUGUGUCUUUAUACUGCAGAUCUAAAUACAUGAUACUAAAUUGACGCUCACGGUGUUAAGCAGUCCUACAGUUACCAUUUGCCUUCCUUGAUGAAAAGGCACAUUAAAUGUUUAAAGUCUAUAAAUUGUUCUGUGCUUGUUGUCAAUUAUAUAAAUGUCCUGUAACUAGGUAGUUUAAAUAAUGUCUCUUCAUACACAGCUCAGGACAAUAGCUUCUUAACUAUGGAAAUGCUAUAUGUGUAUACAAGAAAUCCAAAAAUACCCGUGCAUUUUAAAACUGAUUACUGUAGGUAAAUGCAUUUAAUGGAUGUUCUUGCAGAAGAACUUUUUAAGGGGGAAACAAAGGUAUUUUCCACUGAGUAACUCUUUGUUCAUGAAAAUUUCCAUACACUUUUUAAACUAUUGAAUAAAAGUUUGCUAUAAA